UAUACACACGUGGUUAUCGAACCUCGUUUUGGCUGAAAGUAACGUCAAAAUUCCGCCAUAAAGAGAAAGAAAGAAGUUGUAAUUUUUGUCAUUCAAUUAUGCCUCCAGACUCUAAACAAAGACAAAGAGAAUGUCAAAAAUGUCUUGCUCACGGUGUCCAUGUUAGAUUCAAAGGUCACAAGCUUGGAUGUUUUUUCCGUGACUGUCAAUGUCAGCGAUGUCAGGUUGUUAGUAUUAAACGCCAGAAAAACAAGAUAGUUACUGCUCAGAAAAGACGACUGGAAAUGGAAAAUGUAAAAAAAAUUGAAACAGAACAAGCAAAUAGGAAAGGAAGUGGAGAAAUCUCAGAUUCAGAAGAAAAUCAUUUAAUAAUUGAUGAAAGCAGCAAUCAACAGCAGAAUCCAAUAUCUGACAGAAGAGCUGUAUAUUGCCGUAGAUGUCAAAUCCAUGGUGUUAAAAAUCUAGUGCGAGGACACAAGGAUAGUUGUCCAUACAGAGGUUGCUGGUGCACAGAGUGUAGAAUAAUAAAUUCUCAGACUUCUAUGUGUAGCCACUGUGGAUUUUAUCCACCAACUGUUACACCCUAUCCACGACCAUACCCACCAUCACUUAAUUGGUUGCUGAACCAACAAAACAGUACUGCAUGUGGAGGAGGUAAUACCAGUUCAACUAAUUAUAGCAGUAAUCUUGGAUACAAACCACAGGUAAAUUACGUUCAACCAGCCACCCCAAGUAUGCCGUACAAUUCCACCCCAGGAUAUAUGCAUGGACCACACCAUGAUAUACUUCAUUCAACUGUACAGUAUGGAACUCCAGCUAGUCAACAAGAUGGAAACUUGAGUCUGUAGUAGUGGCAACACAAGAAAGAAGUUUUUUUACUCUUCAUUGUCAGAUUAGCAGUUAUACCAAAAUCUCAAAAUUGCAUCUUUAGUCAUGCAUGGUUUAAUUUAACUGGUAAGAAAUUCAAAAUCAAGAACUUACAGGGAAUUUAGGCAGGAUAUUUGACAAAUAUAAAGUAACAAUUUAAAUGUACUAAAUUUAUUUGAUUAUAUAGUCUUGCAUAUUUCAUUACUCAGAAUAAUUCUCAAGACCAAUUAACCAAAAAAUAAUACAUGUGCCAAUAGUAGAAAUUUAAAACAGACACCCUCAUUUUUAUAAAAAGUAAUAUGACACAUUUACCUAUCCAAAAAGAUGUAUGUUAAAAUUUAGGGAAAAAUGUUAGGUAACUGUCUGCAAGUUUUAAAAAUGUUACUUUUUACAAACCAAUAUUCAAAUCACAAAUUUUUAUGUCUGUCAUAUAAAACUUUUGAUGCCUUGAAAGAUAUUAUUUAUACUUUGAAAUUAUUUUUGCCAAGCACCAGAGAGUGUCUUGAAUAACACAAGAAUGUCAGACUGCAAGAUCAAGGUGACAAAUAUAGUUUUAAAUAAAUCAGGAGGACAAAUUUUUGGUGCCUGUGACCAGGAAAUGUUUUGCAAACAAGUUGGAAUUUUUGUCUACAAGGUACAGGUCACAAAUUUCAUAUUCCAAUAUAUUAUGUAUAGAUUUAAUGUUUUGUCUGCUUUAGUACUUUUGAUUAUAAACAUUCAUAUUAAAGGUGUUUGUAUAUCACCAGGGGGUGGCAUGUCCAUUAAUAAGGUUGGAAUAUGUGUGCUCUAGUGUCCAUGUUAAUAAUUUGUAUAAUGAGAUGGAUACAAGAUGAGGGAGGUAUAAUUUUCUUAAUUUUUAAGCUGUGUUACUGAAAAUUUAUGGAAAAUUUAGUUCAACUGUGUGAUAUAUCAUUUUGAGAGCUUUGUUAGCUCAGGUUAUAUCUAAAAGUGAUUAAUCUUAAUACCCCCCUUUUUGUUAAUGAAAAUCAAGACAUUAUAUCAUGUUUUUAGAAAUUAAUUUAUGCAAAUGUUGGUUUGCUAAAAGAAAAAAAAUAUAUAAUAUGGAAAUCAAAAUUUCAUAUUAGAAAAAGAUAAACAAUUAACUGGCAUUAAUAUAUGAAAUAGAUAUUAUUGUAGUGAAAAGGGUAAUUGAAAUAAAUUAUAAAAAACAAACUUUCUUUAAAAAGUGAGUGUUUUAAGCACAUGUAUUACUUAAUGACUUUAUAUGAAAUAUAAUUUCAGAUUUUUAUGGUUAGGUGUAUAAUAUAUAUGCAUGCUGGAUAUAUUUUUAAAAACAAAGAAAUUGUAAUCUAUUGAAAGUUUUAAUGAUAUAAAUUGUUUGCAUGCAUGUUUAGAUCAAUUAAAUAUUAGCAUGAUCAGAUGAUGGUUUGUUAAAAGAAUAGAAAAAAAGAAAGCAAAUAUAUAUGGAAAUCAAAAUUACAUGUUAGAAAAGAAAAACAAACUGAAAGUGAUUUUGUUUUUAUAUUGCACAUAUAUACUUUAUGACUUUAUAUGAAAUAUAAUUUCAAAUAGAUUUUUAUGAUUUAAUAGGUGUAUAAUAUAUAUGCAUGAUGGAUAUAUCUUUACAAGCACAGAAAUUGCACGUUUUUAAUAAUGAUUUGAAUUGUUCGCAUGCAUGAUUAGAUCAAAUAUAUAUUAGCAUAAAUAAAUUAUGUAACAAUUUGAUUUUAUCUAAUCCAAGGAAUGGAUUUUAAUAUUGAGUAUUGAUUUUG